ACAGACACGGACGGACAGACCGUGAGCGUGAAAAUGGUCUGAGAACGCCGUCGCGAUUGUUCACAUACGGACGUAUUGCGAUGCUGUGUACGCGUACAUCGUGCACAGGAAAGAAGUGUCGUUAUCGCCUGGUUGCCUUCAUUUUCGCUGACUAAACUCUGGUAACGUAGGUCAGCAUGUCAUCCUCGUCAAAUGAUAUUCUUAUCUUGGCCAGAGAGGAGGCGUUCAAGGAUUUUUCCUAUUUCGACGAGGAAACCGCGCCCGUAAAUAUCUGCAAACCAGUCCCGCUGCAACCGCUGAAACCAACUUCUGCCAUCAUUAUCAUCGGAUACAUUCCUGAAAAUGCUUCAAGAUUUUCGGUGAAUUUAACAUGCAAGACACCCGGGAACAUUGCCCUGCAUUUCAAUCCGCGGCUCGAUAGAGGAUACAUCGUCAGGAACACGAAAGUGCGCGGAUCCUGGGACGACGAGGAAACCUGCUCGCCCGCCGGCUCGAGUGGUUGUAUUUUUCGUCGGAAUACUUAUGUGCACAUAACUAUCUUCUGUACGAACAACGCAUUUCAGAUCGCGGUGAAUGGAGAGCACUUCUGCGCUUUCUCGUACAGGAUGCCUCUCGAAGAAAUAAUAACCCUCGAAGUUAACGGAACUAUCGAAGAUGUCAGAACCCGUCAGUUAAAUCUAUUUGUGUAUCCUGAUCUUUCUAUCUGCAGACCAUGUCGAACGCUGGUCCUGACAGUCGAAGAACCUCUCACGGAUUUCCUAGACGUUCCCAUUACUGUGGACAUCGGCAGUGAAUUUCGUGUCGGUGCUCGUCUAUUUAUCACCGGAAGAUUGAAGCUACUUCCACACUCGUUCUACGUAAAUCUACAGAAAGGCAAGAACAUUUAUCCUCAUCCUGUUAUACCGUUGCAUUUAAAUCCACGAUUUCUUUACGGGAAUAGCGCGCCAUACGUUGUCAUGAAUUGCUGGAUCAAUGGUGCAUGGGGACAUGAAGAGCGACAUCAAGGACACUUAUCUUGGAUGCCCGGUCGAGACUUCCUACUUAUCAUUCGUUGUGAAUACGAGGGAUACACGAUAUGGCUGGGCAACAAAAUGAUCGGUGAAUUUAAGCACAGACUGCAAUCAUCAAUCACGGACACUCUGCGAAUUUCUGGCGACAUUGUAUUAUACCAACUCAGUAUGAGUUAUGUUUGAUAGGAGCUGGUUAAACAACACGCACGACGCAAUAAUCAAAUUUAACAAUUUUAAUUGCGGAUCGGAGAUUUUCUAUCGAUAGACUAUAGAUAGCACAAACGUUGACCUUGUAAUAAGGUUGCGUUCGCGAAUACAAGGUGGUAUGGUUUGCCAAAAAGAGAAAACAUUUUCUAAAGCUGUCACAACUAUAAUAAUGUGGUCUGGGGGAUGUAUAGACAAAUCUAUUAGUAAUUAUACAUAAUUACGACAAUAAAUAAAGAAACUCGUUGGUCCUUUCUCCAUUCUACCUUCGCUCUUAUAAUUGAGCAGCUUUCGUGACGAUGGUUCUACAUAAAUACAAACAUAAGAAAAAACGAGGAGGAAGAGGAUUGCCGUUUCAACAUAAUAGAGUCUUAAUACACUGUUUUGCUUUAAACGCUAGCGUAAAUUGUUACACAACCACUUAUAGUAAAGGUAAGCUUUUCUAUGCGUAUUUAUUUUAACUUUCUUGUUAUAUUCAAACGAUUUAUUCAAGCUUGUUAAAUCAAUCUUAUAUGCGAUUGUGUUAGCUGUUAAAGCGCCGCGACUUAUGUAAACCGCACGAGUGACUUUGCGAGAUAUAUCAAGAAUGAAAUUUAAAGAGUAUAUAAAAACAGUCAUUUUUGAUACGACCUUUUUUGUAUAAUAGUAUAUCAUAAAUGUAUUUCAAUCAUGUUUGUUUACAAGAUGCAUGUGAACAAAAAAGAAAUCGCGAGCACGACCGAUAUAUUUUCAAUACGAUGUUGAAUGUUUUUAUAUAGACACUUUCGUCGAUAAUCACGAUUAUGUUUAUCGUUUCUGGGAUUCUUGCGAUGUACAAAUUUCAUAUGGAGAAACGAGAUUAAAAAAAAAACAGAUAUCCUUGUUUUCUCCUUAUGUACACACACCCAAGUGCGCGCACACGCGUCCACACACACACACACACACACACACACACACACACACACACACGCGAUA